CCGACUUAGUUUUCUCUCAUACUCAGACCAGUGCAUACCGAAACUCUCCCUUUUUAAACGCGAAAACUUAUAAAUUAAUACUUUCGAUAAAUUUACAAUUAUUUAAACAAUUUUUAAUGUAUGCAGAGUAUAAUAAAAUAAUAUUUAAAUAAUAAUACAUUCGCUUAAUCAUUAAAAAUACUAUAACGCGCGUUAGAAUUAGAAUAAUUUUUAUUUUAAAUUUCAAUCCUUAAAAAAAUUUUUAUCUCGGGGUAGUUGGCUAUAUGUGACGUCAACAAAAUCGAACCUCAGAUCAAUUUUGACUGUUACUGGAUCAUUCUUCCUUUGGAUUUCGGCAAAUAAUCAUUGAAGCUUUCUCAAAAUUCCUGCAAGUAGUUAUGGAGACUUAAAGUUUUCAUAACAAUCGCGCGUGUUACAAUGAAGUAAUCAAGUGUUUGCAUCGUUAAAAUAAAAAUAUCGCAUAGUAAUAGCAGUAUUUGUACAUUUGUGUUUCGCGAAUUAAACAACAAGCGUUUUUGCAUCAACUGCGUGCAAUGCAGUCGUUAGAGUCAGUGUUUUGUUCGCAAAGUUUAUUGCUUUUUUAACAGUCACACAGACUGUAUUUAUAAAAGAUAGUAGAGUUUUGCGAAUUAACUUAAGUGAUCGUUCGUUAAAAAAUCACUACUGUGUAAUAGAGUCAGUGCAUCAUUGAAGAGGAUCUCGACUAAACUCGAUAUCGACUUAUCUUAUUUUCAACCACCUACGAAUCAUCCAUCCUCAAUUUCGAUUUAAAUCGCGGACGAAUGUUUUGGAGCCAUCGCAGAACUUCUUAAGUACCAGUUCCAGGUCGUGGGAUCGUGAAUUCGGGAAGGAAUAAACAGCGUUCUCCGCUUGCGUUUGUAGUUCAUAUUUUGACCAUACCUGUCGCUGAAGUCAAUCACCUUUCAAACAAAAAAGAAAAAUGGCUAAAAUCAAAACUCAAGAAAAAAUAAUAAAGCCAAAAAGCAAAUCAACCAAUAAUCCGUUUAAUACUAAAAAAGAUGUCAAAACUAAAUUGCCAAUAUUUAAUUCAAUAAUUACUGCAGCAUGCAUUGGCAUUGCUGCAUGGUUCAGCUAUAGAGGUUAUCUUGAAACUAGAGUAAAUACACCAUACAACAUAGAGAAGCUGGUAACCAUGGCUGGCUUAGAUAUACCGGAUAGAUAUUGGGGUACAUAUAGACCUAAUGUUUAUUUUGGAAUGAAAACAAGAGAUCCACAUUCUUUGGUAACUGGACUAAUGUGGUAUUCUCCGCAUCAUCUACGACAAGAUGGUACUGGUCUCAGGCAUUGGUGUGAACAGGGUGAUAAUUUAGAUAGAUAUGGUUGGUUGGAACACGAUGGAAAGACGUUCGGAGUCCAAGAAAUAGUAGAUUCAUCCGUAAUUUUAACGACAACAUUUGUUAAAAGAUUAAAUGGUCAAUAUGGUGGAGAUUGGACAACAAAAAUUAGUGUAAAUUCUAAAAAUUCCAAAAAACUUGAACAUGAGAUCUCUUUGCUAUUUUACAUUGCUACUGAGGAAAAUACUAAAGGAUGGAUUGAAGUGAAUAAUGAUAAUGAUGAUAGUUUAACAGGAAUGACAGGAAAUACACAGGGCUUAGGCUCUUUUAAUAUUAAUAUACAUGCCACAAAAGGUACUAUAGAAGAACAUUCAUUCUUAUCAACAAUAUCACCAAGUUUAACUGCUUUAAAGGAAACUGUUCUUAAGAAUCUGAGAAUAGCAUCAUAUAAAGGAACUAACAAGAAACAUAUAAUAUUGUCUGGUGAACAACUUUCAUUAUUGCCAGAUGGAACUAAGGAAAAACCAAAUUUUAUUGUUACACAAGUAACAGGAAAAGUUCCUUUUGAAAUUGAAAUUAAUUAUGAAUCAGAAAGUUUUACCAAUAGAUUAAAUAAAUUAAGUGAUGAUGUAUAUGAUCAAGCAUUGCAAAAGCAACGCGAAUUAUUUGAUGAAAAAUUUGAGAGUAUUUUUAAAUUAAAAUCUAAAGGUUAUUCUAAUGAAGAAAUUUCUUUUGCAAAAAUGGCAUUUUCUAACAUGAUAGGUUCCAUAGGUUAUUUCUAUGGAAGUUCUCAAGUUCAAAGUGUUCAUACCAAAGGUCCUGUGCCUUAUUGGAAAGCACCCUUAUAUACUGCAGUACCUAGUAGAAGCUUUUUCCCUCGUGGUUUUUUAUGGGAUGAAGGAUUUCAUGGCUUACUUAUAUCAGCAUGGGACUUAGAAAUUGAACUAGAUAUUAUAAGUCAUUGGUUUGAUUUAAUGAACAUUGAAGGUUGGAUACCAAGAGAAAUGAUCUUAGGUUCUGAAGCACUGGCAAAAGUUCCAGAUGAAUUCGUAACGCAGAUGAAUACGAAUGCAAAUCCUCCAACAUUCUUUUUGACUUUAUAUUAUAUUAUCGAACAUAAACAACAAGAAUUGUUAAGUAAGCAUUUUCAUCUUCUUGACAAAUUAUAUCCACGUCUUCAAACUUGGUUUAAUUGGUUUAAUACAACACAAAUUGGUGAAUUGCCAAGUACAUAUAGAUGGCGUGGUAGAGAUUCCAAUACUAUCAGAGAAUUAAAUCCAAAAACUCUUACAUCCGGAUUAGAUGAUUAUCCUAGAGCUUCGCAUCCAAAUAUUCAUGAACGACAUGUUGAUUUACGUUGUUGGAUUGCAUUUGCUGCAAAUGUUAUGUUUAAAAUUACUAAAAUCUUGAAUCAUUCUUAUAGUAAAUACCAAGAAACAUUUCAUUACUUAUCUGAUAAUAAUUUGUUGAAUCAAUUACAUUGGUCACCUAAUACACAGACUUACUCUGAUUAUGGUCUUCAUACAGAUAAAGUCGUUUUACAGAGACCUUCUUUACAACCUAAUGCACAACCUUCAGAAAUGAUUCGAAUUGUCUUAGAUGAUCCAAUUUUAAGAUAUAUUGAUUCUUCUUUUGGUUAUGUAUCCUUAUUUCCGUUUAUUUUACACAUUAUUGAUCCUAAUUCUCUACAACUAGAAAAAGUUCUACAAGAUCUAACAGAUCCUGAUCUUCUCUGGACAAAAUAUGGAUUAAGAUCACUUGCAAAAACGUCGCCGUUUUAUAUGAAAUACAAUACUGAGCAUGACCCACCCUAUUGGCGUGGUACUAUUUGGAUAAAUUUAAAUUAUUUAACAGUUCGAGCUGCUCAUUACUAUUCGAAAAUUGAAGGACCUUUCCAAUUAAAAGCAAAAAAAGUAUAUGACGAUCUCAGACAUAAUAUAAUACAAAAUGUUAUUAAACAAUACAAACAAAGUGGCUAUGUAUGGGAAAAUUAUGGAGAUACAUUAGGUAAUGGAAAAGGAAGUCAUCCAUUUACGGGUUGGACAUCAUUGGUAGUUUUACUUAUGGCAGAAAUCUAUUAAAGACUAUUUUAUUACUCAUGAAAUAUAAAAUAUUCUUAGAUA